AGAGUUGUCGUGCAAGCGAAAGGUAAAGAGAACGAACCGACAUGGGUGUCGUUAAAAGGAGCACGAUCUUCUUCUCAAACUAUGAAACUGAAAGUAAAUUUACAAGUUUUGAUCCUCAUUGAUCCGCCUAACAAGAUGAAUUCGGAGGGGGAAGGGUGGUACAGGCUAACUUUUCUCGUCUGGCUGCUAUUUUGGUCAGCGUUCUCAUAG